AUGGAACCAAACUGGAAAGAGAUUGCUAGAAAUAUAUCUGGUUAUGCUGAUAAUGAUACAUUCUUAUCGGCAAGAAGUCCUCAACAGAUAGCUAAAAUUCUUAGUUAUGCAAAACUAAGUCCUUGCGAAUUUGCAACAUUAUUCACAAAUCUUUCAAAUUAUCAUGGGAAAGCAGACAUAUUAAUGAUGCUUAGUCGUGCACGUUUAAAAGAUUUCAACAGUCAAGAAGAAGCGUCUGAAAUUUCUGAAACGAUUUCAUCAAUCCUCGGAAUUCAAAUUCUUGAUUCACUAUUUUCUUUCUACCAAAACAAGCUUCAACGAGACAUUUCGGAGAUCACAAAUCACAAAUCCCAAAAUUCUAUUCCUCGUCUUAACUUGGCAAAUGCAAUCACUAUAAAGACUCAAACAGGAAAAGAAAUUGUAUUCUUAAAUAUUGAUCUCAAUAGUAAGGUCGGAUAUUUGAAAGAUAUGAUUAAAGAAAAAGAAGGUAUUUGCCCAGAUCAGCAAAGACUAAUUUUUAAAGGUAAACAAAUGGAAGAUGAAAAUACAUUGAUGGAUUAUAAUGUUCAUGAUGGAGAUACAAUUAAUCUUAUUUUAAGAUUACGUGGCGGAAAACCAGUAAUCUAUUUGUAUCCAAAGGAAGAAAUCGAUGCAAAGGUAAGUAUCAAAAUCAAUGAUGGUGAUUUUUCAUUCGUGUAUCCUUCAUUCGACAAAGAUAACACGUGGAAUGUGAAAGCACUCCCAUCAGGUGAGAUCGUCCACAGAGGGAAGAAGAUGAGAUAUCUCUUCUGGGAAACACUCUUCUACCCUAAUCUUAACAUGGACAAAGGAUUCAUCAUCAAAGGCGAAGAUAGUGUCUCUUUCUUCGAGGAUAAGCUGAAGUUUAUGAACCUCAACGACGCAGAGAUAUGUGAUUUCAUCACAUACUGGUGUCCGAAGCUUUGCGGAUACAAAUAUGUCAAAGUAUGCUUCCAUUUCGAAAACUUCGACGACAUGUGUCCAAUGAACGUCGAACCGAAACCAGACAACAUCAACAGAGUCUUCUUCGCAGCUCUCCCUCUAGAGAGUCCAUGCGACAUCGAACCACAAGAACUUCCAACAUUCAAUCGUGAUGGUUUCACAGUCAUCGAAUGGGGUGGAACUAUUGUUACAUCUGAAAAUCACUAA